UAUAAAGAGGAGGCACACCCACCUCUUUGCGUAAAUCAUCCCCUUGACUUGAGCCUGUUUUUUCUUUGACUCUCUCUGUAUCAUUGUGAAGCAGGUACGAAAUGGCAUCAAGUUCAAUGUCAUGGAGUGCAGAGCAGAACAAAGCGUUUGAAAGGGCACUGGCUGUGUAUGACAAGGACACCCCCGACCGUUGGUACAAUGUUGCCAGGGCCGUGGGUGGUAAAACUGCAGAAGAAGUGAAGAGGCAUUAUGAGGUUCUUGUUGCAGACAUCAAACAUAUUGAGGCUGGCCAUGUGCCCUUCCCCAAAUACACCACUUCUGGAGGGGCUACCAUGAAUAACAGGAUGAAAAAUAUGAAGCUGCACUAAACUACUACAAGCUCUAUGGAGAACCAAAAAAGACCAAGAUCUGCUUCAUAGACAAAUUAUAGUUAUCCACUAGGAUUAUUACACUAAUAUUUCUAGAAUCACUUGACAAGAUCUGUACCAGUGGUUCUGUGCUUUUGUCUUAUAAAUAUCUGUUGCACUCUUUUAUAUAUCUUUCUAUCCUAGAAGACCUGGAAUCGUUUCCUAUGUAAGAAUUACUCUAAUCAUUUGAUAUUA